AUGACAAAAAAGCCAACCCCCAGCUUCUAUCUAUGUGAUAAAGAGAUCAGGAUCUUUGACCCACAGGAAAGAAGAUAUGAAGUUCCUCUCAAUGUCCACAAACCGUCCAGACUUACUGAUAUAUCAGAUUGUGAUUAUACUGUUUCUUAUGUGAAGGAGCCAUUCGGCUUGAUUGUUCGUCGUAAGUCUACAAAUACUAUCAUUUUUAAUUCUGCAAAAGCUGCUCCUCUCAUAUUUGCUGACCAGUAUAUUCAAAUUGGAACUGUAUUGGCAUCCAAAUAUCUAUAUGGAUUGGGAGAACAUCAAGACAAGUUUCUUAUUGAUAUCAACUGGACAUCUCGUGGCUUCUGGGCAAGAGACCAGGCACCCAGGGUCAACACCAACCUUUAUGGAGUUCACCCCUUUUAUAUGAAUAUUGACAAACAUGGAAAUGCUUAUGGUGUAUUUUUAUUGAACAGCAAUGCAAUGCAGGUUGAUUUUCAACCUUUACCAGCAUUAACAUAUCGAACUAUGGGAGGUGUAUUGGACUUUUACAUUUUCACUGGCCCUUCACCUAUUGAUGUCAUCCAGCAAUACACAGAGUUGAUUGGUCGACCAUACUUUCCUCCAUAUUGGGCUUUGGGAUUUCAUUUGUGCCGAUGGGGAUAUGAAAAUUCCCGGAAUUUAAAAGAAGUCAUCAAAAGAAUGAGAGAUUCCAAAAUUCCUUACGAUGUUCAAUGGAAUGAUAUUGACUAUAUGGACAGACAUCUUGACUGGACAUACAACACCAAAAAUUUUGCAGAGCUGCCAGAAAUUGUUGAAGACUUACAUGCCCAUGGCCAGCACUAUAUUAUGAUUGUGGAUCCUGGCAUCAGUAACCAACAGAGAGAAGGAACAUAUCCACCUUAUGACAAGGGACUCAAGGAAGGAAUCUUCAUAACAGAUUCAAAAGGAGGCAAACCAAUUGUUGGAAGGGUGUGGCCUGGUGACACUGUAUUUCCAGAUUUCUUUCACCCCAAAGCAUUUUCUUACUGGCAUGAUCUGGCUGAGAAAUUCCAUAAACAAAUCCCAUUUGAUGGUCUUUGGGUGGAUAUGAAUGAACCUUCAAAUUUUGUAUCUGGCUCAGAAGAUGGUUGUUUGUAUAACAGUUUAAAUUAUCCGCCCUUUUCUUCUCCAGCAAUACUUGGUUCUAAACUAUUUGAACAGACUCUCUGCCCUUCAGCUCAUCAGAAUUUAUCUUCCCACUACAAUCUGCACAACAUGUAUGGUUACAGUGAGACUAAAAUCACAGCCAUGUCUCUUGAGAAGAUUUUACGAAAGAGAACUUUGGUAAUCAGUCGAUCAACAUUCCCAGGGUCUGGUGUCUAUGGUGGACAUUGGUCAGGAGAUAACCAUGCCAACUGGGACCAUUUAUAUUACUCUAUUCCUGAAAUUCUCAACUUUCAACUGUUUGGUAUCCCAAUGGUGGGUUCAGAUGUUUGUGGUUUCGCAGGGCCUACAAAUGCAGAAUUAUGUACACGUUGGACACAGCUUGGAGCUUUCUAUCCAUUCAUGCGUAACCAUAAUAACUUGCAUAUGCCUGAUCAGGAUCCUGCUGUAUUUGAUGAACACAUCCAGAAUGCAAUGAGACAAGUUUUAUUGAUUCGUUAUAGUCUUCUGCCUUACCUGUACACUUUAUUCUACAACAGCCAUAUAAAUGGUACACCUGUUCUUUGGCCUUUAUUCUUUCUAGAGCCAAAUGAAGAAACAUUCACCAUUGAUCAGCAGUUUUUGUGGGGAAAUGGUCUAAUGAUCAGCCCAGUAGUAAGACCAAGUACAUUUGAAGUGAAAGCCUAUUUUCCAGAAGGUUCUUGGUAUGAUUUCUACACAGGAACUAAAAUCGGUUCUACCGGGCUUUACAUGAUCCUAGAUGCUCCCUGGGACAAAAUCAACUUGCAUGUUCGAGGUGGAACAAUACUUCCAAUCAUUGAACCAGAUGUGACCACCACAGCUUCGAGGAAAAAGAAAUUUGGCUUGUUUGUUGCUCCAGAUACACAAGGCAAAUCAAAAGGAGAACUAUUUUGGGAUGAUGGUGUGAGUUUAGAUUCAAUAAAAUCAGGAAAAUUUACACAUCUCAUCUUCAUGGCCACAGAACAAAAUGUGACUAGUCAAGUCCUUAGAUCAGGAUAUACACUUGCAGCAGGCAUGUAUUUGGGUCAUGCUAUCAUCUGUGGUGUACAGAAAUGCCCUUCACAUGCUACAGCGAAUGGGAAACCUGUAAAAUUCCAGUGUGAAUCAACAUCUCAGGUAUAG